AUGAUUGCAAUUAAACCGGAGGAAUCGCUUCUGCAACCAUGUCCAAGCCAGCCAACCAUGAAGACCGCAUCGAGGACGCAAAGGAGGUGUAUUCCAUCGGUAGUGGAGAAGCGCAAGGCUAGUUUCCCCGCUGGCGGUAUCGAUGCGGAAGUAGUGCAAUUUUUCGCCCAGACACAACGGGAUGAGCCUGUUGUAAUUGAUGAAGCCACUAACAUACGCCUGCGCUGGAUGGUCCACAAACGAGUCUUGACUGUCAUGGUCAUUACAUAUUGUUGGUCGCAUUCGCCCAGACACUGGACAAAGGCACUCUUAACUUCGCCAGUAUCAUGGGCAAGAAUUAUUCCGGACACCCACCUCCAUGGCCAACAAUAUGCUUGGCUUACGACUUGUGUUUAUAUUGCUAUCCUCCUCUGGGAGUUCCCCACAAAUCGCUUGAUUCAGCGACUGCCAAUUGCCAAAUAUCUUGGCUUCUGUAUCAGCAGUUGGGGCCUAGUUCUCGCGAUGACCGCUAUUUGCAAGAACUUCACCGGUCUAGUAAUUGUGCGAACCUUACUAGGCAUGCUCGAGUGUGUCUGUCAACCAGCAUUUGUGUACCUCUCCACGAUGUACUACACGCGUGCUGAGCAAGCACUCGUCAUCGGCUCCUUUUACUCUAUGAACGGAUUCCAACAGUGUGUUGGCGGCUUGAUUGGUUACGGAAUUUCGCAGAUUCAGCACCAAAGCCUGAAAAACUGGCAGAUUCUGUUCACACUUCUUGGAUGCUUGACCUUCGCAUGGGGACUAUUCGUUCUGUGGUGGCUCCCGGAUAGUCCUAUGCGGGCUACUUGCUGGUCGCCUGAGGAUCGUCUUCUAAUCGCUGAACGUGUCCGAAAGAAUGAAACCGGAAUUCAGAACCGCAUUUUCAAACUCCAUCAAGCUUGGGAGGCAUUCCGUGACCCGACCGUCUGGCUCGUGACGCUGAUUUCGUUCACAAAUGCUUUGCCUACCGGCGGACUGGGUGCUUUCUCUAACCUGAUUUUAGUUGCCUUCGGCUUCACAACGCUGCAGACCUAUCUGCUUGCUAUUGCGCAAGGGUCGAUCAUAAUGCUCUUCCUGUUUAGUUCAACAUACCUGGCCAAAGUUUACAACCAGAAGCUCAUCCUUGCCUUCAUAUACACGCUGCCCAACAUCGCGGGCACCAUUGUGUUCAUUUGCGUCAAAACCACCGCUCACACGAAAGUGGGCCUGCUUUUAGCGUUCUACUGCAUGCAGGGUUUCGGCGCAGUCGCGGUGUUAAACUUGGCGGUCAUGUCAAACAAUAUUGGCGGCCGGAGUAAACAGGUCAUUGCUUCGAGCCUGGUUUUCAUUGCGUGGGCCACAGGAAAUGCGAUAGGGCCUCAAGUGUUCCGCGACAACGACAAGCCCCGGUAUAUCCGCGCCUUCAUCGCUCAUCUGGUCAUGUACGGCCUCCAGCUUGCCACCAUUGUCGUGUUAAGACUCCGCCUCAUGCGCCUGAACGUUCUCAAGCGACGCGAGCAGGCGCUUGAGCCGUCCAAAGCAAAUGGUGAACUAGCAAACGAGCAUAUUUCACACAGACAAGCCUUUGAUGACCUUACCGACUGGGAGAACCGGGAUUUCCGAUACGUUUAUUAG